AUGCCAUUCAUAAGUCCUUGGAAUUACCGAGGAGCAACACCAGCCAAAAAGGUCACCAAUGUCAACAACAAACCAACCACUUCAGCUGACAACGACAAGUAUCAGCAAGUUGAAAACAUCCUCAACGCGCCCGAUUACUAUCAUGUAUUGGGAGUAUCCAAGGAGGCAUCCACCGAAGACAUACGACGAGCUUACAUUCGGCGUAGUCGAGUAUGCCACCCAGACAAAUUUGUGCCACCUUAUCCUCGAGCCACUGAGAGUUUCCAAUUGUUAUCACUCGCCUAUGAGACCCUUAGCAAUCCUUCUUCAAAGUUGAUGUAUGAUUUAUCAUCCAAGCCAGCUCAACCAGGUACAGGGUUAGACGAUGAAAAUCCAAAUGAAACGUUACAACGCGUACUUCAUCAGUUAUUUAUCGAAAUGAUGGAUGGGGAAUUCCAAACCAUGCGUGCAUUUAUUCAUGCCCUCAAUGAAACCAAUCCUGGCAUGCGUAUAAGUGAAGAUGCAAUCAUUCAAAUCGAGCUUGCCUUUCGAAAGAUGCGAGAAUUACUACUAUCCACACAAACGUACUACAAGGUGAUUCAAUUUGAGGUGAUGCGUUUAUACGAGCUGCAGCAGGAACUGCGACGAUUAUCCUACUUUGAUAUCUGGAGGCGUAUGCAAUUAUCCAUUACGAUAUGUAAGGUGCUGCUGCAACUACCGAUCAUGAUCAAUACAGCAUCCCGUGAAAAGCGACAACAAAAAGCAAUACAAGAUGCCGGUAUUCUUGGCAUGCGGGUGGAAAACGCACUGAAAUUAGCUGUUGGUCUGCUCGAAGCAGGCGAACGAUACACCACUUGGUGA